ACCUCAUGACUUCUUCUUCCUCCCCACAGAUUUCUGUCCUCAUGCGCCUUUUGUGGUGUUCAUAGACAGCCCACCCUUUGCAGUUCUCUCUGCUACAGUGCUGUUACCUUCUGCUUGGACAUGUCAGCAGCACAGAUGCAGAGUGAUGGUGAUCAGCAUUGGGGUUGCCUGGAGUCCCUAGGGCUAAGCCCACGGGAGCUGGUAAUGGCUGAGGCCUUACAGAUGGAGUAUGAUGCUCUUUCCAGGCUCAAGCAGGAGGGCAAGGUGCCAUCUACUAGGAGUGCACCUGAGCCAGGCAAGGAGCCCUGUGAUGUUGAGAGAACAGCGCUGCAUGAUAGUCUCAGCCCAUGUGGGGGUAACCUGAUAUGCGGUCUUUCAGGCUCUGACCCCAUGCUCCACCUCCAGCCUGGUGUAUCCAGUCCUUUGUCAACCACCCUCCAGCCUCGAAACUACUCCAAGGAGCCUCUCUACAUCUUAGACAGUCCUGCCAAGAAUGAGUAUGAGAGUUCACAUAUACUGUCCCCCAAGAACAUUACCCCAUCUGAUGACCCCCCACCUGUAGUGCCACCUCGCAACCCUCUUUCCUCUAGUAACUCCCAGGUGUGGAGUGGUUCAGUGCCCAGGGAUGUGAACCUCUUCUCCCCGGAGGUGGAACUGCACAAAGUCUCCAGUGGGGAGCCUCUGAACUAUGAGGACCUGAAUGAAGCCCUAACACGCCUGAAUGAGGUCUCUCCACCAGCACCGGGCCGUUGGGGCAAUGGGGACACGGCAGGAAAGCCUGUGACUCGUAGCAAAACCCUCCCCCCAAAGGUGCCUCCUCGCACCUACUUACCUCUCCGGAAGAGCAGCAAGAACCAGCGCAGAGUGUCAGCUGACCCGGUGACCAUUGGCUCAAGACUCAAUGGCUUUGGCUAUGAGCUCUUCCAAGUGUAUGAAGAAAGGGAUGAGGAGGUGGCCGCCUUCUGCCACAUGCUAGAUGUGUUGCGGUUAGACUACCCUUCGAGUGACCGCUCUAAGAACACAGGCUUCGUGUGGAGUCCUUGUGUGGCUCAGGAUGAGCUGCAGCAAGGCCUGGGUGUCAGUGUUAAAGUCACCGUCAUCAGCGACCACUUCAGAGAGCCCCUGAUUUUCACCUGUGAUGGUAAGUGUGGAAAAUACGGUGGUAGCAAAAAUAAAAGUUGUCAUAAAAUUAUUUUUCCUUUUGCAUCCACUCUGCAACAUGCCAUGAUAGCGCAGUGCUCAUCAACCAAAACAAAGUGUAGACACUAAAUAUGCAGUUCUGGUCAACAUUAUUGGCACCCCUGAACUUUUUGUAUAUCAUGUGUAAUAUCAUCAGAAAUAACCUGAAAUGUACAGAGUUUGAAUCAUCAGAUAUUUUUUGUAAUAUUUCCAAAGUUAUUUAACAAAAGUUACCUUUUCAACUUAAAUGUUGAGAUUUCACGGAAAUAAAAAACGCAAAAUAUGAUCUGGAAUAUCUUGUUGCACACCCCUUUGUAAGAAUGAAAGCCUCCAGACUUUUGUUGUAACUCUAUAAGCGUCCUGCACCUGUCUGCUGAUGGUUUCUCCCACUCUUAAAUUGUAAUUUGUCACAAACUUGUGAAUGUUUUCAGGAUUGCUUUUUAGAUCUUUCCAAAGAUUUUCAGUCCAAUAGAGAUCAGGACUUGUCCUUUUGUAUGUGUGCUUUGAAUCAAUAUUCUGAUGGAGGACCCAUAAACUUAGACUCAAACCUAGCUUUUUGACAUUGGGCAGUCCCACAACAAUACAAAUCCUCCACCAUAUUUGACUGUAGUUAGUGUGUCAUUUCGCCACUCUUAAACAAAUUGCUGGUCUGCAUUGACAAAGAAUGCAAUGCAAUGCAAUGCAAUUUUAUUUAUAUAGCGCAUUAUCACAACAUUAAGAACAUAAGAACUAUACAAACGAGAGGAGGCCAUUCGGCCCAUCGAGCUCGCUUGGGGAGAACUUAACU